CAGCCGCAGGCAGCGCUCAGGACCCUCCCACCAUGGCCUGGCUUCCCCUCUACCUCCUGCCCCUCGUCGUCUCCACAGGUCUCUGUGCUGAUCCUGUGCUCACCCAGCCCCCAUCUGCCUCUGCCGCCCUGGGGGCCUCGGCCAAGCUCACCUGCACCCUCAGCGCUGAGCACAGCAACUACUUUAUUCACUGGUAUCAGCAGAGCCCAGGACAGGCCCCUCGGUAUUUGAUGAAGGUUAACAGCGACGGAAGCCACACCAAGGGGGACGGGAUCCCCGAUCGCUUCUCAGGCUCGAGCUCCGGGGCCGACCGCUACUUAACCAUCUCCAACCUGCAGUCUGAGGACGAGGGAGAGUAUUACUGUGGUGUACCUUAUGGCAGUGAGAGCACCUGGCAGUGA